AGAACAAAUCGCAAAUUCACCUCUUCUCAGUUAUAUGUAACAGUCCUCAGAAUGUUUAUAAGAAAACUUACUCUAUUGGGGCUUCUUGUAGUGGCUGCCGCCCUCCCUGUGGAACGACCAUGGCAAUUGGUUCCGAACUCGGAAGGAAAUUUACACCUGGUCAACAUCAACCCGUAUGAUCUGCCGGAAGAAGAACCGACUGAACCGGAACAUCUGUUCACACCGGAAAGCGAUAUGGUGUUCCGUUUGUUUACCCGGAGCAAUCCAACCGAAGCACAGAUAUUGCAAAUUGGAAGCGCCGCCUCGAUUACCGGAUCCAACUUCAACGCUGCCCAUCCCGUUCGGUUCACAAUUCAUGGCUGGAACGGAAAUGGUAACGACGGUUCGAAUACGAUCAUACGCGACAGUUUCCUUGCGGUGGGUGAUUUCAACGUGAUCAGUGUUGAUUGGAGUGUAGCCGCCGUUACUCCGAACUACAACAGCGCUCGCAAUCAAGUGGGACCCGCCGGAACAGGAGUCGGUCUACUGAUAAGUGACCUGAUUACGCAUGGUGGAGCUAGUUUGGGCAAUAUGUACGUGAGUGGUUUCAGUUUGGGUGGCCAUGUGGCAGGUAACGCGGGAAAGCGGCAUGGAGGUAACAUAAAUUCGAUCAUUGCCUUGGAUCCGGCUGGUCCACUAUUUUCGGCCGGACAAGGCGAUGCCGUAUCGCCGCAGGAUGGGCAGUACGUGGAAACCAUCAUGACCAAUGCCGGAACGUUGGGCAUUAAUGUACCUUUGGGUCAGGCCAAUUUCUAUCCGAACGGAGGAAGCUCCCAGCCCGGUUGCGGUACGGACAUCGGUGGAGGAUGCGCUCACGGGCGGGCACCGAAUUUCUAUGCCGAAUCGAUCCGUUCUUCGGUCCCAUUCCGAUCGACGAGAUGUGCUAGUCACGGUGAGCUUCUAGAAGGCAAUUGUACUCCGAGCGGCGCUGACGCCAACAUGGGUGGACAGCCAUCCAAUCAAGGACGGGGAGUUAGUGGUAUCUACUUUUUAACGACCAAUGCUCAGUCGCCGUUUGCACAGGGAUAAAUAAUAGGAAAAUAGCAACACUGGCGGUAAUGUCCAUGAAUCAAACACGGAAACAUAGUUCAAACGAAAAUAAAAGAACAAAUAUUAAUUAGUA